GCAGAGAAGAAGAAAAAUGGCGGCUCUAGGCGAACCUAAACGGGACGCCGGGCUAACGUUUUAGCUUUCACACCCGAAAAGACACAGGGGCUCCUCGGGUUUACUGCACCGUCUGAAUCCUCACCGGUCCAGCUUUGUAGGGGUGCCGUUUUCGCUCACGCCCGUGUAGGCUAAAUAAACGCAAACACUGGGAUAGUAAAAUAAUAGCUUUCGCUUAUCAUGAGAGGAAAGAGGGGCAGGCCGCCCAAACCGCUACAAGCCGAGGAGCCGUCCCCAGCUACGGCGCGGGGUUUGCGACCCAGGAGGAACCUGAAGCCCAGGUUGAGGGACAGCGGGGACGAGGACGCCGAGAGCCCCACAAGGGAGACCACCAAGUCGGCCAAGAAGAGGAAAAGGGGAUCCGUCACGUCAACGCGGGGCAGGGGACGAGGUAGAGGUGGCGGCGGUGCGAGAGGAGGCAGAAGGGGUCGUGGAGGAAGGCGGACGGCUGCCUCCAAAACGGUGGUGUACGACGACCACGAGAGUGAGGAGGAGGACGAUGCUGUCAGUUUGAGGUCGGAGGAGGACGAGUUUGUUGAGGAGGAAUCUCACUCCGACGAGGACGAGGCCCUGAAAGAGGAGUCUGAUUGCCUUGAAGAUGAUGUGCUGGACGAGGAGGAGGAGGAUGAUGCGAGCUACUGUACAGAGAGUAGCUUUCGGAGUCAGAGCACACACGCCAGCACUCCGGGCAAGAAAAAAGUACGGGCUCCCCGACCUCGCACUCCCAUUCUGGAGGAGAAGGAGAUUCCUCCUCUUGAGCUUCCUGACACCUCUGAGGACCUCCUGGUGCCUAAUGAGGAACUGCUCAACGCCACCUCCAUCUAUGAGGUGCUACGGAACUUCAGCACAGUUCUGCGUCUCUCGCCUUUCCGCUUUGAGGACUUCUGUGCAGCAUUGGUGGGCCAGGAGCAGUGCACUUUAAUAGCAGAGACCCAUAUUUCCCUCUUGAAGGCCAUCCUACGUGAGGAGGACUCCUCCAAUACUACCUUUGGCCCCGCUGACCUCAAGGACAGCGUCAACUCCACUCUGUACUUUAUUGAUGGCAUGACGUGGCCUGAGGUGUUGCGGGCGUACUGUGAGAGCGACCGGGAGUACCAUCAUGUCCUGCCAUACCAGGAGGUGGACGACUAUCCCUACGGUCCAGUGGAAAAUAAGAUCAAGGUGCUACAGUUUUUGGUGGACCAGUUCCUCACCACGAACAUCGCCCGUGAGGAGCUGAUGUCUGACGGCAGUAUGCAGUAUGACGACCACUGCCGUGUGUGUCACCGCCUGGGUGACCUGCUGUGCUGUGAGACCUGCUCAGCAGUCUACCACCUGGAGUGUGUGAAACCACCACUGGAGGAGGUUCCAGAGGACGAGUGGCAGUGCGAGAUUUGUGUGGCACACAAGGUGCCCGGUGUCACAGACUGUCUGACAGAGGCGCAGAAGAACAGGCCCUACAUCCGCCAGGAGCCCAUUGGAUAUGACCGCCACCAGAGGAAAUACUGGUUCCUAAACAGAAGGAUUAUUGUCGAGGAGGAUGGAGAGCAUGAGAAGAAAAAGAUCUGGUACUAUAGCACCAAGGCUCAGCUGGAGGAGCUCAUGGAGUGCCUGGAUAAGGAGUACUGGGAGAUGGACCUGUAUGCCACCGUGGAGGAGAUGAAGGAGGAAGUGCAAGCUCACAUGGACAUCACAGAGGACCUCACCAACAAAGCCCGUGGAAACAAUAAACCCUACCUCGCUGCUGUCAACGAUGUGGUCACAGAGCGUCUGAAGGUCAGGCGGGAGGCACAGGAAGCAAAGAGGCGGGCAGCGAAGCAGGAAGCGGAGACGGGCUCUGUUAAGACAAUGGAGGACACUGCCGAGAUCACCUCGCAGCUCGACAAUGGAGAACACGCUGAGGCCAAGGAAGAUGCUAGGUCACAAGCAGCCACGGUUACUCCUGCUGCAGAGGAGAGCUCUGAUCCUAACCCCGGCUCGGCCAGUCGGGACGCAGCCUCUCCUAAAACAGAGUCCCUUGAACCUCAUAAGGAAACGCAGCCUGCUCGCCCUAGGAGCCAGGACAGUGGGGAGUCCCCUCCGUUGGCAAAGCAGGAAAGGAAAGAUGAUGAUGUGAAAGCAGAGUCUAUCAGUGAAGUCAAGCACCCUGACGAGUCGCAGACACAGACCCAGGAUCAGCCACAGCAGCAGUCAUCUCAACCAGAGGCUAGCAGCCAGGCUUCUGGAUGUGGAAGCCCCAGGAAACCAGAGCAGCCUGACCUGGCUGAUCGGACCUCUCGGUCCUCCUUCACCAGCCAGGAUGGGACAGAAGAGUAUAUCGAAAGGGUCAAGACUGAAAGAGGGCAAGCAGCAGGACCGGAAUCUACUAAUCUGACGCCAAGAGGCAGCAAAGAGUCCUCUCCUGUACGCUCUGAUGGUGACACGUCACGUCUCAGCUUCUUCAAAAGGGACCUGGCCGUGAAUUUGAACAACUUGUUCAAACUGGGUCAGGAGGGUAAAUACAGGGUAUACCACAACCAGUACAGCACCAAUGUCCUGGCCCUAAACAAACAUCAGCACCGCGAGGACCACGACAAGCGACGCCACCUCUCCCACAAAUUCAGCCUGACGACCACGUCGGAGUUCAAAUGGAACGGCUCGAUCUACGGUUCGCGGAGCCUGACUGUCUCCACCCUGCGUCUCACCAUAAUCCAGUUGGAGUCCAAUGUCCCGGGACCAUUUAUGCAUCCUAACUGGGCAUCGCACAGGACCAACUGGAACAAAGCAGUGCAGAUGUGCAGCAAGGCCAGGGAAUUUGCUUUGGCCUUGGCCAUACUGGAGUGUGCCAUCAAACCAGUGGUCAUGCUGCCCGUAUGGAAAGAUUCUCUUGGACACACAAGACUACAUCGCAUGACCUCCAUGGAGCGGGAAGAGAAAGAGAAGGUGAAAAAGCGUGAGAAAAAACUGGAGGAUGAGGAGACACUGCAACAGGCCACUUGGGUGAAGUACACCAUCCCCAUCAAACACCAGGUGUGGAAGCAGAAGGGGGAGGAGUACAGAGUGACGGGGUAUGGGGGCUGGAGCUGGGUCAGUAAGACUCACGUGCCACGUUUUGUUCCAAAGCUACCAGGGAACACAAAUGUGAACUACCGCAAAGAUCUGGAGGCAGCUAAAAUGAGCAAGGAAAAUGCAGCAGCUUGCACAAAUAAGCAGAGAAAGUUGAUAGAAACUGAGAAGCGGGCUACUAAAAGCGCAGGGGACGAUGAGAGUGAACAAGCAUCCAUCACUGUGCCAUCUCAGAGCACUUCACCCGAGGAGGACUGCAAAUCUCAGAUCUCCAAAGAGGAAGAAAAAUCCAAGGAGGAGGAGCGGGGAAAAGAUGUAGAAGAGAAGCGAGAAGAUGAAAAAAUGGAGGUUGACCCAGAAACGGCUGCUUCAGGUGACGAGAAAGAUAAAGUUGAAAACGAAGGCCCUUUGUCACCAUCUGUGCAGCCUGUGAGGGAGGAACCAAUCCAGACAGUUGAACAACCCAAGAAGGAGGAGACCACUGCAUCAAAGCCCUACUAUGACGUUGUUAACGUCAGUGAGGGCUUCCAGCUGCGGACAGCUUAUAAGAAGAAGGUGAAGUCCUCCAAACUGGAUGGGCUUUUGGAGCGCCGAGUAAAACAGUUCACCUUGGAGGAGAAGCAGAGGCUAGAGCGUAUGAGACAGGCAACCCUGCUCUCCAAAGGGGCUGCCACAAAGCAGACGUCCGGGGUUAAGACUGAGGGAUCCACAUUAGGCAAACAGCAACCUGCUGUGACCCCGUAUGUUAAAGAAGAGAAGGAGGAGAGCCUUCAAGUGAAAGACCACGUGGUUAAAAAGCUCCACUUUGAGCAGGAGCAGUCGGAGAUAAAGGCAGACAACUUGGAUGUCAAAUCAGAAACCACAGCACCCAACCACAGCAAACAGACGGAGGGGAAUUCUGUGCAGGGGAACGGUGAGGAGGCCUUAGCUCACAAAGAAGUGAAUGGAGGACCCCUAGCAAGCACUGAGCUCAACAGUAAAAACAAUUGUAUAUCAGAUGCAAUAGAUAUCAAAGAAAAAACACAAAAGCCAGAGGUGGCUCGAGUGGGAGAGAAUGCUAAAAAGCGUGGGUAUGUGGAAAUUGAGCAAGGCAGUGAAAAGAGCGACACAGAGAGCAUGGAGGUAGACCAAAGCAAGUCUAGUCCAGUGCAGGUGAAUGGGAAAGCUAGUGAUACCGCCCCUGCGGACUCAGACAUCAACUUAGACUCAGCCAGUCGAGUCCAAGGUGAUAUUAAAGAGCCUCUCAAGUCUCUGAUGAAUGGAAACCUCUUGCAAAACGACGUCUCUGAAAUAUGUCCACCUGCCCUGAAAGUCCCGAAAUUAGAAAAUCAUGUGGCAGAGAAAGGAGAGACUCUCAAUAAGAAUGUGGCCAUGAACAGUGAGGGGACAGUACCUGCUAAGCUUCCACCUUCAAGCCCAUCUUGCCUGAAUAGUAAUAGUACUGACAAUAACAGUAGUAGCGAAGGUUUGAAGACUUCCAUCACCACUAAUACCACCAUCACCACAGAGUCUCAAAGUGCCCCGACAACUGACCUAUCCAGUCCCACUUCCUCCACCACCCAGCCCAGCUCCAGGGCAAGUGUCCCCCAAAAGGCAAAAGUCCCAGUCACUGACACCAAGAUGGGCACUUCUGGUUCAACAACAACCAGCUCCAUGACUAUUAGUAAAGAGUAUUCCACCAGAGACCGAGUGAGCCUUCUCAGGUUCUCCAAAUCCAAGAAGGCCCGCUCAGGGACAGCCCUGCCGUCCUACCGCAAGUUCGUCACCAAGAGCAGCAAGAAGAGCAUCUUUAUCCUGCCCAAUGAUGACCUGAAGAGGCUGGCGAGGAGGGCAAGUAUCCGAGAGGUGCCCAUCUUCAACUACAACGCCAAGCCUGCCCUGGAUAUAUGGCCCUACCCUUCACCUCGGCCCACGUUUGGAAUUACAUGGAGGUACCGUCUCCAGACUGUGAGGUCACUGGCAGGGGUCAGCCUGAUGCUGAGGCUGCUCUGGGCCUGCCUGAGGUGGGAUGACAUGGCUGUAAAGCCCUCUGCUGCUGUAGGGACUACUCGGAAAGAAACUACAGACACAGACAUCACCACAACAGAGAUUAUAAAACGGAGGGAUGUGGGGCCUUACGGCAUCCGCUCAGAGUACUGCAUCAGGAAGAUCAUCUGUCCCCUCGGAAACAGAGACACUCCCAAAGAAACCCCUACUCCACAGAGGAAAGGCCUGCGCUCAAGCGCCUUGAGGCCCAAGAAGCAGGAGCCAGCCAAGCUGACGGGGCCCGUUGCUGUGGAGACAUGGGUGCCUGAAGAGGACAUGGAGCUGUGGGAGAUCAGGGCGUUUGCAGAAAGAGUGGAAAGAGAGAAGUCACAGGGUCUCGAUCCCUCCAAGACCGGCAGUAGUCUGAAGACGGCAGAGGAUGUGAAGGCCCAUUUGGAGAAUCAGCUGAAACAAGCCAGACAGGCGGCACAGCAGAAACGUCUGGAACCACUGAGACAGAGUACUACUGCCAACACUUCCACAACAACAACUACCACCACCUCAGCCAACACUCUCACCACUCCCAAUACCCCAGCAUCCACGGGCCAGAGAACAGGUCAGGCCACACCUGGAAGCAAGAUGGUCCUCGCCUCCAAACUGGGCUCUCCAGUUUCCUUCCAGCAAGACAAAAACUUCCAUCAGUCUUUUGCUUCCUGGGUAAAGCAGGGUCAGACCAACAACAGCUCAGGUGUAGUCCAACAGAAAGUCCUGGGCAUAUUCCCCUCUGGGCCCCCUGCAAACCUUAGGACCUACAGCACACUACAUCCCACAACUGGCAACAUCAACCUCAGAGCCACCACCUCUGCCUCAACUACCCAGCAACAGGCUGUAACAGCAGGAGGCCACACACAGCCUGGCAUGACGAUGAGCCAGUCGCCUACCCCGUCUACCUCCAUGGGCACAGCAGUGGUCAGAAGUCCAGCGUUGCCUCAACAAGGCCAACUUCAGCAGGCUGUGACCCAAAUGGGCAGUGGUCAGCCUGGACCCACGGCUGGACCUGGUUCUACACCUGUGCAGACGACUGCAGCUCAGAGAGCAGCGGGUGCUGCCCCAUCGCCUCAUGCAGCCACCACAGCACCUGGGCAGCCACCUGUAGCUUCCUCCCAGACCAACAGACCACAGCAGGGUCAAGUUAAACUCACUAUGGCACAGCUCAUGCAGCUAACACAGGGUGCUCAGGGUGGAAACCCAGGUCUGACAGUGGUGAUCCAGGGUCAGGGCCAGACCCAGGGACAGCUACAAAUCAUCCCACAGGGUGUAACGGUCAUCCCUGGUCCUGGUCAGCAGCUAAUGCAGGCUGCAAUGCCCAAUGGCCAGGUGCAGCGCUUCCUCUUCAGUCCCAUGCCUCCAUCCUCAUCAGCUUCACCACCCACUACUGCUACCCCUACGAAGCCUGCCGUGGCGCACACCCAAGGUCCAACCCAAGUCCAGACAACUCCGUCAGCCCUGGCCCAAACCCAGAUGUCUGCCCCUAUACCAGCCCCAACACACGUGGCAACCCCAACACAUAUGCCACGUUUGGCCCCCACUCCAGCCUCAGUCCCUGCGCAAACCCAAGUUGCAGCUCAGGCUUCAUUGCAAACACAAGUUUCAGCCGCUACCCCAUUAUCAGCCCCAGCACAAUCUCAAAUAUCCACUCCUGUGCCUGCCCUGCCACACGUUGCAGCCCAGGCCUCAACACAGGUUUUAUCCUCCACACCAGCCUCUGUCCCUGCACAACCCCAAGUGGCAAGACCUGUGCUUGCCCCAGCACAAAACGUAGCUUCAGCUAUGGUGCAAAACCAAGUCUCCACCCUCACCCCAGGCUCAUUCCCUACACAAACCCAAACUGCAGUGUCGCUACCUGUCCCAGGACAAGUUGUACCUCAGUCCCAGAUCCAGACACACGCCUUCAGCCCUGCCCCAGCCUUAACCUCAGUACCUGUCCAGAUGCAUGUUACCGCUCCUGCCCCUGCUUUAGCCCCUGUCUCAGGCUUGUCUAACAACACCCAAAUGCCUGUCUCAGCCUCUCUUCCCUCACCUGUCCAAGUUCCAACCCCUGCUCUUGCUCCCGUCUCUGCUCCUGUAAUAGCUGUUGUGUCCACCCAAAUUGCAGUUCCAUCCCUAGCCAAAGCUCCAACCCAAAUCCAAGCCACAGCUCCGGUUCCCCUUCACGCUGCUGUGGCCAAUGCUGUUGUCACACCAGUCACAGCCACCUCCACAACACCUUCAGUGCCAGCUCUGACAGAGCAGAGGGCAGCUCAGCCCCAGGUUUGGACUCCGGGCUCAUCUCAAGCUCAGACUCCAGUUCAGCCAGCCCAGAAGGCUGCAGCUCCCGUUCAGACACCUGCACUGGCCACUGUACCCGCCUCUGCCCCCGCAUCAGUCUCCACACAUUCAUCCGUUACCCCUCUGCCUCAACCAUCUCUUCCUCCUCAAGCUCAAGUACAAGUCCAGCACCCUACCGUUGUAUCCAUGCAGCAGGUGUCUCAAAUUCCAGUCUCAGCAGUGCAGGUUCAUAUGGCGGGAUUACCGGUCUCCUCUGUUGUUACUACUGUGAGACCCACGCAGCCUCAAUUCCAGCCCCAAGCCCAUACUCCACUCCAACCCCAGCGUCAAGCCCAAAUCUGUGCACAGAUUCAGGUCCAGCCCUAUGGCCAAGUCCAGCAAAUGCCACAAAUUCAGGCUCAAGCAGCGCAUCUCCAGGCCCAAGCACAAGCCCAAAACCAUCCCCAGGUCCGUGUUCAGUUCCAGCCACAAACUCAGCAACCACCCAAAGCCCAGUUACAACCCCUUGCUCAAAGUCAACCUCAGGUGCAGUUUCAGUCCCAGACCCAAACCUUGCCCCAGGUCCAGGCCCCAGCACAGGCCCAACUCCAAUCAAGAGUCCAACCUCAGUACCACCCCCAGGUACAAGCUCCAUUUCAAACACAGGCUCAAACCCAACCCCAGGCGCAGCAACAGCCUCAGGUCCAAACUCAACCCCAGGUUCAGUCUCAGGCCCAAACUCAGCUACAGCCCCAGAUCCAAACCCAUCUUCAUCCCCAGGUUCAGGUCCAGUUCCAGCAACAGAGCCAGGUUCACUCACAACCUCAGGCCCAGCAGCAACCCCAGGUCCACACUCAGUCACAGGUGCAAACUCAAGUCCAGACCCAGACCCAUUUUCAAGUCCAGUCACCGCAGCAGACCCAGGUCCAGCAACAGCUUCAGGUACAAGCCCAACCCCAAGUCCAAGCUAAGGUCCAAGUCCAGUUCCAGCCUCAGAACCAAUCUCAAGUUCAAGCACAGCCACAGCUUCAGGUCCAGUCUCCAAUCAGGCAUCAGCUCAUCACCGUUCCAGGCCUCCAACAGCCGGUCCAGCUACUCUCAGCUCUGCCACCCCAUGUUGCUGCCCAGAUCCAAGCCCAGAUCCAGGCACAGGCACAGCAGCAGGGAGGCACUGUUCCCCAGCAGAUCAAACUGCAGCUGCCUAUCCAGAUCCAGCAGACAGGGGGGCAAAUUCAGGCCCACCAGAUCCAGAACAUGGUGACAAUACAGACGCCAGCGAGCGUCCAGGAGCAGCUCCAGAGGAUGCAGCAGCAACAACAACAACAACAACAACAACAACAACAAAAACCAAAGAAGAAGAAACAUCAUGAGGCUAAAAGGGAACAGAAAGAGCAGAAUCUGCAGGCUGUCAGCCCUGGGGAUGGCAUCCAAAAACAGGUGGUAGUGAAGCAGAAUGCUACAGCAGAACAGCUGAAACAGAGGAAGAGCCUGGCUGCAGCUGAGCGAGAGGAGAACCAGAGAAUGAUUGUGUGCAACCAGGUGAUGAAGUUCAUCCUCGACAAGAUUGAGAAGGACGAGAAGCAGGCAGCUAAGAAGAGAAAGAAGGAGGAGGUGGUGGAGCAGAAACGCUCCAAACAGAAUGCCACCAAGCUGACUGCCCUGCUGUACAAGCACAAAGAACAGCUGAAGGCUGAGAUCCUGAAGAAGAGGGCCCUGCUGGACAAGGAGCUGCAGCUGCAAGUACAGGAGGAGCUCAGGCGGGACAUUGCCCGGCUACAGAAAGAAAAGGAGAAAGCCAGAGCUGCUAUCACCCAGGCUGCUGCUGCAACGGUCAAGGCAGCCGCUUCCCACUCCUCCCAUCCUUCUCACUCUACACAUUCCUCUCAUAGUUCUCACACAACUCCCUCACCGUCCCCGUCCCAUAAACGGAAGAGGGAGGAGGAGAGAGACAAAGACAGAAACAGAGACAGGGACAGGCAUCACGACAAGGACAAGAAACGGGACAGGGACAAGGACAGAGACAAAUAUAGAGACAAAGACGAGGAUCGAGAGAGGGAGAGGGACCGAGAGCGGGACCGACAUCGGGACAAGGACAGAGAUAGGGACAGAGACAAGGACAGAGAUAGGGACAGAGACAAGGACAGAGAUUCCAGCUCAUUAAAACACAAGAAGAAGAAGAAGUUCUCUUCUACCUCAAAGGAUCACAAGAAGGACAGCAAAUUGUACUGUAUCUGCAAAACGCCCUACGACGAGUCGAAGUUUUACAUAGGAUGCGACCUGUGCUCCAACUGGUUCCACGGCGCCUGUGUUGGCAUCACAGAAAAAGAGGCCAAGAAGUUGGAGGACUUUGUGUGUAAUGACUGCAAACGUGGCCAGGAGGGAGCAAGCAAUGAGGAGUUAUACUGCAUCUGCCGGACACCAUAUGACGAAUCACAGUUUUACAUAGGCUGCGACCGCUGCCAGAACUGGUACCAUGGGCGCUGCGUGGGCAUCCUGCAGAGUGAGGCCAAUCACAUCGACGUGUACGUCUGCCCGCAGUGUCAGUCAACUGAAGAUGCCAUGACAGUCCUCACGCCGCUCACUGACAAAGACUAUGAGGGGUUGAAAAGAAUAUUACGCUCGUUACAGUCCCACAAAAUGGCUUGGCCUUUCCUUGAACCAGUGGAUCCCCACGACGCACCGGAUUAUUAUCGCGUAAUCAAGGAGCCAAUGGACUUUUCCACAAUGGAAACCCGUUUGCAAAAGCGACAUUACCACAAGCUCACAGAGUUUGUGGCCGAUGUGACCAAAAUCUUCGACAACUGUCGCUAUUACAACCCGAACGACACGCCCUUCUUUCAGUGUGCCGAGGUGCUUGAAGCCUUCUUUGUACAGAAGCUUAAAGGUUUCAAAGCGAGCAGAUUAUCAGAUUCUUAAGUGGGCCAGUCUAGCUGGAGUCUGGACUGGAUGCUGGGGUCUCUAGUAAUAAUGACACGGGAACUUUCUAUUUCCAGAACAGUAAAAAUAUUGAUCACUAAAGAAAAGAAUAACACGAGAACAAACACCAAAUGUGCUUUCAUGUGUAUGCCUCCAAUUGAACAUUUUUGGUAACCAUUGUAAUAUUCAGUUUAAUCACAGAAUGGCAGCCAUGUUGACGUGUUCAUCAUGUCAUUGAGGGACAUGCUUUCUUCUCAUCGUUUCCCUAAAUCGGGCCAUUUCUAACAAUCCAUCCCAGUAGCUAUGAUGUUUUCAGUGGGAUUUUAAAUGCAUUUUAGGUUCCUAACUUGGAUCUAUUUUCUGUCAUACAUCUCAGUUGGAUUGGAUUAUGUGUUGACCUUACCAGUUAUAAAAAAAGAAAAUAUAAAGCUGCAUAUUUUAUUAUAGAGAUAUUUAUGAGAGGUUUUGUAUGUUACAUCCCUUUGAGUUUGAUUUAACUGGUUGUUAAGAUGGUUGUCUUGAAUGUACAGACGUUUUAUCAUGUACAGUGGUUGUACGAUGUAUCUGAAUCUGUAUUUGAAUGUUUUAAAUAAUUAUGAAGCAAAUCAUUUUAGAUAGUAUUAUUUUAUGAGACUAAAAUGUAAACCUCAUCCUGUUCCUCGCGUCACAAAGUAACCUCAGUUUGUAGUUGUGGAAGAUCUCUUCAAUAAUAAAGGCAUUCCCAGUAAAUGACACCAACACGGCUGCAGGAUCCUCUGCCGACCCCUUUGCAUCGUCUGUCUGUCUGUCUGUCUGUCUCUGUCGAUGUCACAACAAGAAACAAAAUGCGAAGGGCUCUCAACUUUCCCUUCUCUCCGUAUUCUGUAGGUCUCAUAACAACAAGCUACAGUGUUCUUCGGCCUCUUAGAAAGCGUCGCACAUUGCUCAAACAAAAUGCACUUGCCAAGAAUAUGGCUUUUCUGAACUGUAACUCUGUGACAGACUCUGCCUCAUCCUGUGUUUGGGAUCUGCUCCUCCUGACUGUCGGUGCAACCAGCACUGCUGCUUUCACAGAACUGUUCAGGCAGAGCUGCCUUCUGCCCAUUUGAGCUCUAAGGGACCUUUUUUUUGGACCUGUCUUCAUCAGUGGGACUGUACUGAGGAAGGCAAACAACUGAGGCAUUUCAGAAGAAAGUUUACCUCGGAGGAAAGACUCUUAAGGAGCUCUCAUAUUUCCAUGUUCUUUAUUUUUUUUAUCUCAGUCUUUUUAUUUUAUUUUCUUUCUUGUUAAAACCCCCCUCAGGCCAUCUUUGUGGUCAUCAUGUCCAAUGAGAAAUAGGAAAUUGAAUACUGACAUACAAUGGCUGAGCAUAAUGUAUCAAGAGUUUUGUGUUUAAAUUCAGAUAUCACAGUGGAACAACUUUUUCUCUCCCAUUUCCACUCAUUGUUAAGUCUGAAGUAGCAUGAAAGACAGUUGUACUAAAUAUCUGGACAUCGGUAGUCUGCUUGGUUAAACUUCUAUAACCUACUGAAAGUACGUUAAUAAGCUAUUGUAAAUGAUUUGCUCCGCAGUAGUGACUGACUGAGAAGGAUGAAACAAUGUAUUUGAAGUUUCCUGCCCUGUUUGUAAAAAUUUGUCAGAUUUUGACUGGAUUUCUUUUUCUUUUUUUUGUAUUACAUCUGAAGAAAUAUUGAUGUAUAUGGAACUUAAUAAAAUGGAAAAGACUGA